AUGCCGCCCAAAACGACGCAAAAGAGCAUAACAUCCUUCUUCAGCCCCCCGGGCAUCAAGGGCGAGCAGCAGCGCCUCCAAACCUGCUUCGCAUCACAGCCCCCGCCCCGGCGGAUAUCGUAUUCAGACCCAGUCCCCACGCCCGUCCUGUUUACGGCCGCCGACAUGGCCGUGGACGAGUAUGAGGCGCCGCUGCCGGAUCCGUUCGAUACUACGCCUUCGCCGCCGCCGAGGCAUGGGGAUGGAGAUGAGUGGGAGCGCUUUACACCGCCCCCUGAGGCCGAGGCCGGGGACUGGACACUACCCAAGCAGAACAGCCCGCUGACGAUGACGACGACGUCGACACACAACAACACCCCCCCACCCCGACCACCACCACCACCACCACUGGGGAAGCGGAAGUUCAGCAAAGUCCAAUCCUCCUCGCCGCCGAGGACCCCGGGCAGCAGCAGCAGCAACAGUGACGGGGGCGCGGCGGUGAAGAAGCGGCUAUCGUUCUUUGCGGCCGUGCCCGCCGUGUAUGGCAGUGGGGCUAGGGCGGCGGCAGCGGCGGCGGCGGCGGCAGAGACCGUGCAGAAGGGGCUGCCGGUGGUGGUGGUGUAUCAGGGUGCUGCGUGUGUGGCGCCGCUGGUGGAGUCACCGGCGGCGAGGUUCCGCGCGGUGAAGAGUGUGAGGAGCGCGGUGAAGGAAGUGUCGGUGGAGGAGGUGGUAGCGGGGCCGGGGACGGUUGGUGUGGUGGAGGGUGUGGGGGCUGCUGCUGGUGCUGGUAAUGGUGGUGGUAACGAUAACGAUAAUGGUAAUGGUAAUGAUGGUUGUGGGAUGAAAAAUAAUGGUGCUGCGGCGGAGGAGAAAGAAAAACAGCCAGAGCCAGAGCAAAAACCAGAGCAGAAACCAGAACUAGACUGCUGCAACCCUGAAUACGAAUCUGGACGGAAAUCUGCUUCCCCCACCCCCCCACCACCACCUCCUGCUGCUACGCCGGCUGCUUCAGUUACAGCGAACCUAAAUCUGGAUGGGGAUAUGCACACGAACGAAAAUCUGAACGACAAUCUGCAUCCUCCUCCUCCUCCUCAGCCGACUACUCCGGCCGCUGCAACACUGAAUCUGAAUAUGGACGGAGACAUGGACGAGAAUAUGAAUAUGAAUAUGGAUAUGAAUACGAACGGGGCUCUUCAUGACCACAGCGCUCCCGACUCCCGCCCAGACCCAGACCCAGACGCUAUGGACAUCGAUACCCCUCCUCCCCCUCCUCCUCCUCCUCCGCACACCUCCCACCCGCACACACCAACCCCCACCCCCACCAUCCACCCCCACCCCCACCCCCACCCCCACACCCCCUUCACCCCCUUCACCCCACCCCCCCCUCCACCACCAACACUCUCAAACAGCCCCUACUCCACCGCAGCCCACACAAUCCAGUCCACCCCCAUCGCGCGCCAAACAUUCGGCCUGCCCUACAGCGAGCGCGCGGCCAUUGCGGCGGCGGCGGCGGCAGCAGCUUCUUCUUCUUCUUCUAUUACUACUGCUACUUCCUCUACUACUUCCUCUAUUACUACUACUAAUAAUACUACUGCUACUAAUAAUACUACGGCGGCGACGGCGGUGGGCUAUGUUUCGCCGGCGUAUGGAGUUGGUGCGCGGGGCCCUGCGGAGGCGCUGCGGGAGGCUUUGGGUGUGGGCGGAAAUGGCCCGUGGGAAGAGCGGGCGGCGGCGGCUGUGUUGGUGAAAGAGGCGGUGAAAGAGGCGGUGAAUGGGGCGGUGGAUGGGGGAACAACGGCCCGGUAG